GUGAACCUGUUUACAUAAAUAUUUAGGCUGUUUCUGAUAAUAAAAUAAAAAAUGUCUGAGCCAUCUGCUUCCAGGGAUAGCUCAAGCAGGAGCAAAGAUGGAAAGGACACCGAAUACAUUCAAAACCUGCAUCUAUACAGGGCUGCGGAUACAGGCGAUUUGGAAGCUACAAAGAGUUUCCUUGAUCUUAACCCUUCUGCACUAACCGCCAGCCUUUCCGCGGACGGCGACACAGCUCUUCACAUUGCCGUUCUAGCCGGGCGAGUAAAGGUUGUUGAAGAACUAGUGAAAAGGAUCAAUGCAGAAGACUUGGGAAUCAAGAACAAGAGUGGUGCCACAGCCCUUAAUUUUGCAGCAACCGGUGGAAUCACAAAGAUUGCUGAUUAUUUGGUAAAAAAGAACCCGGGAUUGCUUCGCAUUCCGAACCAGCAUGGCUACAUCCCCGUCGUCGUGGCGUCUCUCUAUGGCCAUCGAGAUAUGGUUCGAUAUCUUUACUAUGAGACUCCAAUGGAGGAGCUGAACCCUGAUAACAGCAAGAAUGGAGUUAUGCUUCUUACAACUUCUGUUGUUGAUGACCUCUAUGAUAUUGCUCUGGAUAUUUUACAUCGCUAUCCGCGAUUGGUUUUUGAACAAGACAACGACGGCGACACGGCCCUUGAUAUGUUGGCUCAAAAACCUUCUGCAUUUCCUAGUGGAACUCAACUUGCACUUUGGCAAAAAUGGAUUUAUUCAUGUAUUUAUAUUCCUUCUCCUCAUGCAUCAAGCAACAAUCACGAAGACAUUGAAAGACCCCGUUAUGAAGGCCCAGCUGAGCACAAGAAUGUGAUCGCAAGAGCAAAGUAUCCCGUUCUAGACAUGGUGGGGAAAAGCUUAAAACUAUUUGUUCCAGCUAUCAUGUCCAUGUAUGAGUUAAAGUUGACACAUGUUCAAGCUCAAGAACUCCUAAGCUGUAUUUGUAAAGAAAUAUCAUCACAGGGCGAGUCACAAUUUGAGAAAGUUGGAGUAAAGAAAGUGAUAUUCAAAGCUAUUAAGCAUGGGAUUGUUGAGAUCAUCACAGAGAUCAUGAAACAUUACCCUGAUAUUAUAUGGUGCUAUGAUGAUUAUAAUCGCCAUAUAUUUUUAUAUGCAACUUUGCAACGCCAAGAAAAAAUUUUCAGCCUUAUUUACACGAUUGGUGCGAAGAAGAGCUCAGUGGCAACCUCUUGGGACAAAAGUCACAACAACAUUUUACAUCAAGCUGCAUAUUUAGCUCCACCUUCUCAGCUUGAUCGUGUCGCAGGUGCAGCUCUGCAAAUGCAAAGAGAACUACAAUGGUUCAAGGAGGUGGAGAGUGUUGUGCAACCAAAAUAUAAGGAAAUGAUUAAUCUGCAACACAAGACACCUCGAACUUUAUUUUCUGAGCAGCACAGGAAAUUAGUAGAAGAAGGAGAGAAAUGGAUGAAGGAGACAGCUACUUCAUGCACAGUUGUGGCUGCACUUAUAGCUACCAUAAUGUUUUCAGUAGCAUUCACUGUGCCUGGUGGUUAUAAUGAAUACACAGGCAUCCCUCUCUAUUUAAACCGCAAUUCCUUCAUGGUUUUCAUCAUCGCCGAUGCAAUGUCAUUGUUCUCUUCAUGCACUUCAUUGCUGAUGUUCUUGGGAAUCCUCACCUCGCGAUAUCGUGAAGAAGAUUUCCUCAAGUACUUGCCUACAAAAUUGAUCAUCGGUCUCUCCUCGCUCUUCUUCUCUAUAGCAACCAUGAUGGUAACUUUCGGAACAACUCUUGUGAUUAUUCUUCGAGAGCGAAUAUGGUGGGUUUCGUUUCCAAUUAUUUUGCUAGCUAGUAUUCCUGUCACCAUUUUUGCUCUGCUGCAAUUCCCUCUUCUGGUUGAGAUUUUUUAUUCAACAUAUGGACCUGGCAUCUUUGAUAAGCCGAAGAAAUGGUGGUUGAUUGGUAUGGAGUAGAUUUUUAUAAGUAUACAAAACUUUGAUCUCAAUCGGUUAAUAGAAUCAUAGCUAGCUUGCUUCAUUCAACAGAUUUGGGCAUAUUAUUUAUUUUUGUAUCUGAUCAUUUCAUUUUCUUGUAUGCUGUGUGAACGAAACAUUAUAUAUAAUU